CCCCUCUAUCUUGUAUAACCCGCAGGAAGAGAACAUGAGACGAGGCAUGCCUGCAGGAGCAAGCUGAUUUUACAGAGGAUCUUUUUAAACAUUUUCAUCAUGAUUUUUCAAGCCCUUUUUGAGUGUAUGGACUUCACUAGUUGGCUGUUGAUCAGUUUUAUAGUGUUACUCCUGACAGAUGUGAUCAGAAACUGGAGGCCAAACAGCUUUCCCCCUGGACCCUGGGCUGUGCCUUUUCUAGGAAAUGUCUUUUUAGGGUUGGACCAUAAAGCAAUAGAGAAGCUCUCUCAGGAGUACGGUCCAGUUUUCAGCCUGAGGAGAGGCAGUGAGAGGAUGGUGUAUGUGUCAGGAUACAAGAUGGUCAAAGAGGCUCUUGUUAUCCAGCUUGACAGCUUUAUUGAUAGACCUAUUUCUCCUCUUUUCCAUGCUAUCUUUAAGGGGAUUGGUAUAGCUUUGAGCAAUGGUUACUUGUGGAAGAAGCAAAGGAAGUUUGCCAACACUCACCUGCGUUACUUUGGAGAGGGCCAGAAGUCCCUAGAAAAGUACAUUGAGUUGGAAAACACCUACAUAUGUGAAGCUUUCAAAGAGGAACAAGGAAGGCCAUUUAACCCCCAUCACAUCAUAACGAAUGGAGUGUGUAACGUCAUCUCAUCUGUGCUCUUCGGACAUCGCUUUGAGUACAGCGAUCAAAGCUUCCGCAAGAUUCUGGUCUUGGACAAUGAGGCUAUUAGGCUAGCUGGCUUACCUCAGACUCAGCUGUAUGAUGCCUUCCCUGGUUUGCUGAAGCACCUACCAGGACCUCACCAGACCGUGUUAAAGAACUACAUGGAGAUCUUGGCUUUCCUGAGAUCAGAAGUAGUGAAGCACCAGGAAGAGUGGAACCCAGAGGACCCUCGCGAUUUUAUCGAUGUUUACCUGGGAGAAAUGGAGAAGAAAAAGGAGGAUCCCCAGGCUGGCUUCAACAUUGAAACCCUGCUGGUUUGCACCCUCGACCUGAUUGAGGCCGGUACAGAAACAUCCGCCACCACUUUACGCUGGGCCCUCAUGUACAUGAUACACUACCCAGAGAUACAGGAGAAAGUCCAGGCAGAGAUAGACUCGGUGAUCGGACAGUCUCGUCAGCCCACCAUUGCUGACAAGCCCAACUUGCCUUACACUGACGCUGUCAUCCAUGAAGUCCAACGGAUGGGAAAUAUCGUUCCCCUUGGAUUCCCAAAAAUGGCCAGUAAAGAUGUUACACUGGGAGGAUACUCAAUACCCAAAGGGACAGCUAUUACUACACUCCUUGCAAGUGUGCUGUUUGAUAAGAAUGAGUGGGAAACUCCGGAUACAUUCAAUCCUGAGCAUUUCUUGGAUUCAGGGGGCCAAUUUCGCAGAAGAGACGCCUUCUUACCGUUUUCAGCAGGUAAACGUGUGUGUUUAGGGGAGCACCUGGCCAGAAUGGAACUGUUCCUUAUCUUUACAGUUCUCCUCCAGCACUUCACCAUCUCCCCUGUGCCUGGAGAGAUGCCCAGCUUGGAUGCUGUGCUGGGUUUCCUCAAUUCCCCCGAGCAGUUCAGGAUGCUAGCUCUGCCUCGCUGAUUUGCUCCCAUUUCAGCUCAAGAUUACAGAACAGGCAGAAGUCCACGUUCUCUGCCCAAAAACUUAAUUAAAGAUCACAUUUCUGACUCAAAAGCUUAAAAUAGUUUGCAUAACAUGAAAUAAAUCAACAUAUACAUUUUAGUUUUAAGGCAAAAGGGUAAGCCCUUUCCCACAGAGAUCAAGUACUCAUGUGUAUACUCACACAUUGAUAUGAGUAGCCCUGUAGGACUUUAAGUUACACAUGGUAGGUUUGUUAGUAUGACAUUUUAACUAAGCAUGAAGAUCUUUUAACUAAUUAACUAACAAUCUACUGUUUCACAAUGUACUUGUGCUGAUACAGUUUUGAUUUAUCACUGUACUGCCAAGCUUUUAUCUACUGGAACUUAGAUAAUUAAAUGACAUGGUCAUAAGCACAUGACAUUCAUAACCUGUCUAUUAAGUAGGUGACAGUAGGGGCAAGAGGAGAGCAGAUGUAUUGUAUUUUCAUAAAUCCAUUAGCUGAUGUGAGAUCAAAAAUAAAUCUCAGAACCUACAAACACAACUUCAAACUUCACUCACAUCCCAACUUGAGUAAGGUAACAUUUCUAAAUAAAUGCCUCCAUGCAUUAAGGUGCUUUUAAAAUGGCAUGCAAAAACUUGUGAAACUAUACUUGUAUUAUGUCGAUUCUGUUCUUAAAUCAAUAAAGGAUUUUAGUUGUA